GAGGAGACGGAGCCCUACUUCAUAGCCAUCUUCUGUUUUGAGUCUGGGAUAAAGAUCCUGGCUCUGGGUUUUGCGUUACAUAAGGGCUCCUACCUGAGGAACGGCUGGAACGUCAUGGACUUUGUGGUCGUGCUCACCGGUAUUUUGUCGUCAGUGGGGUCUCAGCUUGAUCUGAGGACGCUACGAGCCGUCAGAGUGCUGCGACCACUUAAACUGGUGUCUGGAAUUCCCAGCCUGCAGGUGGUGCUCAAGUCCAUUAUGAAGGCUAUGAUCCCCCUGCUGCAGAUUGGCCUGCUGCUGUUUGUGGCCAUCCUCAUGUUUGCCAUCAUCGGCCUGGAGUUCUACAUGGGAAAAUUCCACACCACCUGCUACGAUGAAAACACAGGAGAGGUAGUGGAUGAACUGCCAUGUGGCAACGAGUUGCCGUCGCGGUUGUGUCCGAAUGGCACGGUGUGUAAACACGGCUGGCUUGGACCCAACUACGGCAUCACCCAGUUCGACAACAUCCUGUUCGCCGUGCUCACCGUCUUCCAGUGCAUCACCAUGGAGGGAUGGACAGACAUGCUCUACUACAGCAACGAUGUGGAGGGCAGCGCCUGGAACUGGAUGUACUACAUCCCCCUCAUCAUCAUCGGCUCCUUCUUCAUGCUCAACCUGGUGCUGGGUGUACUCUCAGGUGAAUUUGCCAAAGAGAGAGAGCGAGUGGAGAACAGGAGCGAGUUCCUCAAGCUGAGGCGGCAGCAGCAGAUUGAGAGAGAGCUCAACGGAUACCUGGAGUGGAUCUGCAAAGCAGAGGAGGUGAUUCUGGCUGAGGAAGACGCCACAGGGAACUUUGAUGGUUCGAGGCGAAGGCCAACCAUCAAAACCAAAAACAACAAGACAGAGCUGCUGAACCCUGAGGAAGGCGAGGACAACAUAGGGGACGCAGUAGGUUUUGCACGCUCCAGUAUUAAGAGCGGUAAGGAGGGCUCCAAUUACAGUAAGAAAGAGCGACGGCUGCGAUUCUUCAUCCGCAAGAUAGUGAAGACGCAGGCUUUCUAUUGGACGGUGCUCUGCCUGGUGGGCCUCAACACCAUGUGUGUGGCUGCGGUGCAUUACAACCAGCCUGAACUGCUCUCUGACUUCCUCUUCUAUGCAGAGUUUAUUUUCCUCGGUUUGUUCAUGUCUGAGAUGCUGAUCAAGAUGUAUGGUCUGGGCAUCCAGCCCUACUUCCACUCCUCAUUCAACUGCUUUGACUGUGUGGUAAUCGUGGGCAGUAUCUUCGAGGUUGUGUGGGCCACCAUUAAACCAGGCACAUCUUUCGGAAUCAGUGUGCUCCGAGCUCUGCGACUGCUCCGCAUCUUCAAAGUCACCAAAUACUGGGCUCCUCUUCGAAACCUGGUGGUGUCUCUGCUGAACUCCAUGAAGUCCAUUGUCAGUUUGCUCUUCCUCCUCUUCCUCUUCAUCGUGGUCUUUGCCUUGUUGGGGAUGCAGCUGUUUGGAGGACAAUUUAACUUUGAAAUUGGAACCCCGCCCACUAACUUUGAUACUUUUGCAGCGGCAAUCAUGACAGUGUUUCAGAUCCUGACAGGAGAGGACUGGAACAUGGUGAUGUACGAUGGCAUUGAGUCCCAGGGAGGUGUGAAUGACAAAGGAAUGGUCUUCUCUAUCUUCUUUAUUGUCCUCACACUCUUUGGCAACUACACUCUGCUGAAUGUCUUCUUGGCCAUCGCUGUGGACAAUCUGGCCAACGCCCAGGAGCUUACCAAGGACGAGGAGGAACAAGAGGAGGCAGCCAAUCAGAAGACAGCACUACAGAAGGCAAAAGAGGUGGCGGAGGUCAGCCCGCUGUCCGCUGCUAACUUGUCUAUUGCUGCUAAGGAGCAGCAGAAGAACCACACCAAGGGCAACAAGUCGGUGUGGGAGCAGAGAACAAGUGAGAUACGCAGACAGAACCUGAUGACGAGUCGCGAGGCGCUCUACAAUGAGCUGGAGCAGGACGACUGGAAGGUGGGAGAAGGAGAAGAGGUGGCCUACCCAAGAAAAGGACGAGGUGAUAUGAAAACCCACCUGGAUCGUCCCCUGGUGGUGAACCCGCAGGACAACCGCAACAACAACACCAACAAGACCCAACCUGGUGAGCUGCCUCUGGAUCAGGAAUACCAGCGUCAAGACAUAGACCACUGCCGUCGCGCCGCCCACUACUAUCACUACCACCGCCAUCAUCAUCAGAAAGCCAUUGGGCCAGACAGCGGAGAGACGGGUCAACUGGCGGAGACCCGCAUGGAGCACGGCUUCAGCUGCACAUCUCUGGGCAACAUUGAGGGCAAUGUGGAGGGCCAUCAGGGGGAAGAGAGGCACAGCCACAGGAGCCAUCGAGGCCAUCGGCACAGAAACAGGGAAGGCAGGGAGGCUCGCAGCGUUUCUCCCCACCACAGCGAGGGGGUAGAGGGGAACAACGAGCACAGGAGGUCCAGACAGCAUCGCAGGGCGGCAAGGGAGGGGGAGGAGGGCCGACGACACAGAUCCAGGGGGACGGAGGGCGAGGUGGAAAAAGGCGAGGAAGGUGAGGGGAGAAAGACAAGACGACAUCGCCAUGGCAACCAGGAAAGAAGCAGAGGGCAUCGCACGAGAAAGGAGCACCACAGCACCGGCCCCAGCCUCUCCACCACACGGCCCAUACAGCAGUAUAACGAGGACCUGGACAACUUCCGCAACAACAGCAAACUGGCCAAUGCCCACGAGCAUCCUUACGCUCUCCCACCAGAUCACCCUGACCAUCCCGACCACGUUAACAACCUGCUGAACUGUCGUGACGCUGACACCCACACCCUGCUUCACAGCAUGGACAGCCUCAUCCUGACUAGCAUGGCCAAACCCGAGUACACAACCAUAGACAUGCCCCCUGUCUACCCCUACCCCUCGACCAAUGCCAUCCUACAAGUGAACAAGAACGCCAACACCGACCAGAAGAAGAGCGAGGAGAAGAAGGAGGAGGAGGACGAGGGUGGAGAUGAAGACGGCCCCAAACCCAUGCCUCCCUAUAGCUCCUGCUUCAUAAUGUCGACCACCAACCCGUUUCGGAAGUGCUGUCACUACAUCCUGACUCUGAAGUAUUUUGAGUUCAGCAUCCUGUCUGUCAUCGCUAUGAGCAGCAUCGCCCUCGCUGCAGAGGACCCUGUCUGGCCUGACUCACCGCAAAACAAUGUGCUGCGUUAUUUUGACUACGUUUUCACAGGCGUCUUCACAUUUGAAAUGUUGAUCAAGAUGGUGGUGCUGGGCUUGUUUCUCCACCAGGGCUCCUACUUCCGCGACUUGUGGAACAUUCUGGACUUUAUAGUGGUUAGUGGUGCUCUGGUGGCCUUCGCCUUCACGGGGAGCAGCAAAGGCAAAGACAUCAGUACAAUCAAAUCUCUGCGUGUGCUGAGGGUGCUGCGUCCUCUUAAGACCAUCAAACGUCUCCCCAAGUUAAAGGCUGUCUUUGACUGCGUGGUCAACUCACUGAAGAAUGUGCUGAACAUCUUGAUCGUCUACAUGCUCUUCAUGUUCAUCUUCGCCGUGGUGGCUGUGCAGCUUUUCAAGGGUCGCUUCUUCUACUGCACGGACGAAUCCAAAGAGUUUGAGCGUGAUUGCAGGGGCGAGUAUUUAGUAUAUGAUAGAGAUGAAGUUAAAGCUCAGAAGCGGGAGUGGAAGAAGUACGAUUUCCACUACGACAACGUGGCUUGGGCCUUGCUCACCCUCUUCACUGUAUCCACUGGAGAGGGGUGGCCGCAGGUGUUAAAGCACUCAGUGGACUCCACAUAUGAGAAUCAGGGCCCGAGCCCGGGAUACAGGAUGGAAAUGUCCAUCUUUUACGUGGUGUACUUCGUUGUCUUCCCCUUCUUCUUCGUAAACAUCUUUGUGGCUCUCAUCAUCAUCACCUUCCAGGAACAGGGGGAUAAGAUGAUGGAGGAUUAUAGCUUAGAAAAGAAUGAGAGAGCCUGUAUAGAUUUUGCCAUCAAUGCCAGACCUCUGACUCGCCACAUGCCGAAGAAUAAACUUAGCUUCCAGUAUCGCAUGUGGCAGUUCGUGGUGUCUCCGCCCUUCGAGUACAGCAUCAUGGCUCUAAUCGCGCUCAACACCAUCGUCCUCAUGAUGAAGUUUGACGGUGCAUCAAAAACCUACGAUGAUGUCCUGAAAAACCUCAACAUCGUGUUUACCACCUUCUUCUUUAUGGAAUCAGUCCUCAAGAUCAUUGCUUUUGGCCCUCUGAAUUACUUCAGAGACGCCUGGAACAUUUUUGAUUUUGUCUCCGUCCUUGGAAGCAUCACUGACAUAUUAGUGACAGAACUUGGGGUAAGUGCUCAUUGCUUCAAACUCUUGUUCCUCUUUCUUUUUCUCCUUUGUGUGUAGUUGUUUGGUAACCUGGCACUAGAUGAGGAGGGAGAGAGUGCCAUCAAUGAGCACAAUAACUUCCGAACUUUCAUUAUGGCCCUAAUGCUGCUCUUCAGGAGCGCUACGGGCGAGGCAUGGCAUGAGAUCAUGUUGGCUUGCCUUGGUGGUAAAGAAUGUGACCCGGCCUCAGGGAACACAGAACCCGAGUGUGGCAGCACCUUUGCCUACACCUACUUUGUCUCUUUCAUCUUUCUGUGUUCUUUUCUGAUGCUGAAUCUGUUUGUGGCUGUCAUCAUGGACAACUUUGAGUACCUGACCAGAGACUCUUCUAUCCUGGGGCCGCAUCACCUGGACGAGUAUGUAAGGAUAUGGGCCGAGUACGACCCUGCCGCCUGCGGGCGCAUACAUUAUAAGGAUAUGUACAGUUUAUUGCGAGUUAUCUCCCCUCCUCUGGGCCUUGGCAAGAAAUGCCCACAUAGGGUGGCCUGCAAGAGACUGCUGCGCAUGGAUCUGCCAGUUGCCGAUGACAACACAGUGCAUUUUAACUCCACCCUCAUGGCUCUAAUCAGGACAGCUCUGGAUAUAAAGAUUGCCAAGGGCGGUGCAGACAAGCACCAGAUGGAUGCGGAGCUGAGAAAGGAGAUGAUGGCUAUUUGGCCGAACUUAUCGCAGAAGACACUGGACUUGCUGGUUACACCGCACAAGGCAGCCACAGACUUGACGGUGGGCAAAAUCUACGCUGCCAUGAUGAUCAUGGAAUACUACCGGCAGAGCAAGACGAAAAAGCUUCAGGCCCUGCGAGAGGAACAGAACCGAACGCCAUUAAUGUUUCAGCGCAUGGAGCCGCCCUCUGAGGGAGGGGGCACGGACGGCCAGGGGGGGCAGGGCCAGAACGGCCUCCCCAGCACCCAGCCGGACAACGUCAACAGCAUACCUCCUGAGGGUGGCAUGACUGAGAGCCAGUCGUGGAUGACAACUAAAGCCCAGGAAAUGUUCCAAAAGACGGGUAACUGGAGCCCUGACAGACCCUACCCUGACGACCUCCACGACAACCGCCACAACCCCCAGACGGUAGAGAUGAGGGAGAUGGGGCGGGACGGGUACUCCGACACUGAGCCCUAUCACCCAAUGGAUGGGCAUGGGCGGACCCUCUCCAUGCCCCGCCUCUCGGCAGACAACCAACGGAGGAGACACAAGCCUCGCGGAAAUAACCUCAGUACCAUCACUGACACCAGCCCGAUGCGUCGCUCCACCUCCAGCCUGGUCCAUGGGCGCUCAGGUCGUGGUGUGAGGCUGGAUGACUACUCCCUGGAGAGGGUGGUGUCUGAGGAGGGACGACACGGAGGAGGGCGCAGGCACAGGGACCGAAGUCACCGCACCUCACAGCGCUCCCUGACCAGAUACACCGACGCAGACACGGGUCUGGGCACAGACCUCAGCACCACCACACAGUCAGGUGACUUGCCACCCAAGGAGCGCGAGCGAGACCGCGGCCGGACCAAGGACCGUCGUCACCACCACCAUCACCAUCAUCACCACAGCUCUAUGGACAAGGAGCGCUACGGCCCCGACCGCCACGAGUAUCCCCACAGGCAUCCUCAUGACCGCCACUGGUCCCGGUCGCCCAGUGAGGGGCCUGAUGGACGAGGUCCCAGACAGGGCAGUAGUUCGGUGAGCGGCAGCCCGGUCCCCUCCACCUCGGGGACCAGCACUCCACGGAGAGGCCGUCGCCAGCUGCCCCAGACCCCUGCAGUCCCACGUCCACAUGUCACCUACUCCCCUGCCGUCCGCAAGCCCAGCUAUGGCCCCCCGGGGCCGGGCCGCCUGCGUUCACCCUCCCCCCGACACUUCUCCCCACCAGACCACGACAGAGGCUACCACCACCGACCCCCGUCACGCCACGCCUCUCCCCACCACGGGGGGUCCUCAUCCCGACAUGGCUCCCCGCGCUCCCCUAGGCAUCAGUCCCCACGCUCGCCCCUCCACGGCUCACCUAGGUCCCCUCACCGAAGCCGCUGGAGUGGGCCUCCACCUGGGGACAGCCUGGAGGGUGACGGGCCCUUCUACGAGAGAGAUUAUGAGUAUGAGCGGCACCAUGAGCCUCCUGCCUACGAGCAGAGCCUCUCCCAUGGCAACCCACACCCACAUGGAGGAAAUCCUCACCCACACCCACGCUCACCUAGGACUGCCCGCCACGGGCCCCCUCCGCCCCCUCACCCACAUCCACGUAGGGUACCCAAUGGCUACCGCUCAUCCUCACCUUCCCCACAUCGGCGGGGACCACCAGGGGCGCCACCCCACCCACACCACCGGCCCCCCCAUGCCAGAGGGCCCCGCAAGGGCCUGCAUGAACCUUAUAGCGAGACGGACGAGGAUGACUGGUGCUAG